CGUGAGCGGGGCAGGCUGGAGCUCAGUGUGUGUGUGUGUGUGUGUGUGUGUGUGGAUAAUACUGAGUGUAGCAGGAGCAGGUUGGAGCAGAAGAGUCGAGACAUGGAUGGUGAGUGGAAGCGUGUAGUAGUGCCGCUGCUCUGUGCUGCUGGUGUGAGUGUUUUCCUGCUGAAAUGGACAGAACAGCAGAAGGUGAAGAGGAAACUCCAGAGAGCCAGAGAGAAGAGAGAGAAGGAGCUCGGACAGGCAGAGAAAGCCGUGAGCUGCUUUAAGACUCAGAACCCUGGUGUUGAUUUGAAUGCAAUCGUGACUCUCCCGCUGGCUGAGCUGAGUCAGCGGAUCAGACAAGGAUCUCUACAACCUGACGCUGUGCUCCAUGCCUACAUGGAAAAAGCUCUGGAGGUGAACAGGAAACUGAACUGUAGCACUGCUGUCCUCAUGGAGUGUUUGCAACAACUGGAAGACAUCGAGUCACACAAAGAGGGCCUUCUCUAUGGCAUUCCCGUCAGCAUCAAGGACAAUCUGAAUUAUGAGGGCUACGACUCUUCCUGUGGCGUGUUGACUAAGCUGGAUGAUCCUGCCGUUAAGGACAGUGUGGUGGUCUCAGUACUGAAGAAGCAGGGUGCAAUCCCCUUCAUCAAAACCAACAUCCCACAGGGUCUGCUCAACUAUGAAUGUAGUAACCCCAUAUACGGGAGGACGGUGAACCCCUGCAACCUCGAGAAGACGAGCGGCGGCUCUUCAGGAGGCGAGGGGGCUCUGAUCGCCGGAGGAGGAUCUAUUCUUGGUCUGGGAACCGACAUCGGAGGAAGCAUCCGCAUCCCAGCAGCCUUCUGUGGCAUCUGCGGCUUAAAACCCACAAACAACAGGAUAAGCGUGCAGGGACUCAGCUCAUGUGCCAAAGGCGGGAAGACGGCCCUGUCUGCUGUUGGUCCCCUGGCCCGUGAUGUGGAGAGUCUGGCUCUGUGUAUGAGAGCUUUACUCUGCACAGACAUGUUCACUCUGGACCCUACGGUUCCUCCGAUACCAUUCAAUCAGCAGGUGUACGAAAGCUCUGAGCCCCUGAGGAUCGGAUACUAUGAGAACGACGGGUAUCUUCAGCCGUCUCCAAGCAUGAGCAGAGCUCUACGAGAGACCAAAGAGCUCCUGGAAAAAGCAGGACACAUGCUGAUUCCGUUUAACCCUCCGCGGAUCUUCACCGCCUUCCAUGAGUACGUUCUGAAGGGAAACAUCGCAGACGCAGGCACCACGCUCCUACAGCACUUUAAGGGAGGUCCGGUCGAUCCUUGUCUGAAGCAUCAGGUGUCACUCUGUGGGCUUCCUCUGUUUGUGAAGAGGAUGAUCUCGCUGCUCCUCAGACCCAUCUAUCCACGCAUGGCUGCAGCUAUACACUCCCUCUGCGGAGUCGGCAGUGCAGCAGAACUGUGGAAGCAGCACAAAGAGGUUGAGGAUUAUAUCCAUGAGACGUUAGCUGAAUGGAGGAAGCUGGAGCUGGACGUUCUGCUCUGCCCCAUGCUGGGACCAGCCUUCAACUUUAGCUACCCUGGAAAACAGACCAGCGCUCUGAGUUACACUGCGCUGUACAACGUGCUCAACUUCCCUGUCGGAGUCGUUCCUGUCACUGUGGUCACAGCCGAGGAUGAAGAUGAGCUGAAACACUACAGAGGGAACUUUGGAGAUAUUUGGGACAAAACCUUUGUCAAGGCCAUACGAGGUGGUGUGGGUCUGCCAAUAGCAGUGCAGUGUGUGGCUCUGCCCUGGCAGGAAGAGAUGUGUUUACGCCUUAUGAGAGAAGUGGAAAAGCUCUGUGCCAAGAACAAACACUCCAACAUAAACCACUGAACACACACACACAAACACACAUAUUUGUUAUAUGCAUUACCUUAUCCUUGACCAGAAGCCUCCUUUUUUUUUUAUUUUGCACUGGAGCUACAUGGCUAACAUAAUGGAAGUAAUGGAAGGAUACCUAAGAGUUUAGAAGUGUGUGCACUAGUAAAUAUUGAAAUCAUCUCCACAGUCACGUCGAUUCAAACAGCAUUGUUGAGUUGUUCUGUGUUUUAAAUAGUUGUGUUCAUGUGGUGUCUGACACUGUCUUACACUUUUACUUAUAAAAAAAUGGACAAAAGGACAUCACUGAGGUGAAAAGAGUGAAUCAUCUUUACGUCUAACUGUUACAAAGCACUGACACUGGAGACUCCUUCCAUAAAUGUUAAAUAAAUGUCUCCUUUUUUUGUUAAAUAAUUUAUUAUUUGACGUCGAUUAUGUAGGUCCCUGUGAAUGAGCUGUUACUAUAGAAACGAUAACGUAUUAGAACAAGCGCAUUAAUAUAAACCUGUGAUUUAUAUUAAAGCCACAACUGCUGAGCUGCUGUUGUAGGAAAUUAAUCAACACCUUCUGAUCGGGUCAGUUUUGAUAAUUCAACAGUGAUGUGGUAUCAUUAAUUGUAAUACACAAUCUGUUUAUGUGUAAAUGCUUCUAUCGAGUCAAGUGUGUGGUGAUGUGAAGACCAAAUCUUACAGAGCUCAGAAGCACUUAAAUAUUCAUCUGACUGUUUGUGUAUUUAUUCAUUCAAUCACAUUCAUUCAAGUAGGUUCACUUGAUUUACAGAUGUGGUUGUGAGGAAAAACUCACAAUAUGCUCUUAAUAUUAACAACUUAAUAUUACGCAUAUCGCUCUAACUGUGAAAACGGAUUUUGUGUGCUAUUAUUUUGAAAUGUUACUAGGAGUCACUUUCAAACAAAGACAUGUUUAAAUAAAGAGUGUAUGUGCAAUUUUUUACUACUA